AGGAGAUUUUCCAGUUAAUGGCAGUAGUGGUGGGAAUCUUGCUGGGAAACUUUCCAUUCUGAAUCUUUCUUUCCUUCUUUCCACAUCAACCCAACUCCAGCUCAAAUCAAGAAACAUACAGAACAGUUCUCUCUCGUUUUUCUACAAGUGAUUCCUAUCUCACCUCCUCAAUUAAUCUCUCCGUCAAUCAAUCACUUCAAUCCUUGGUCGCCAUCAACAGAAGAUUUUGGAAUUGGUGAUUUCCUCAGUUAAAGCCCGAGUCUUGAUUUGGGCUGCGGAUGAUUUGGUCUCCCUCGGGUGUAUAAUGCCAGGAUACAAAGACUGUCUCCUGCGAAUCUUGAUCUGGGUCUCAGUUAUUUUGUUGGGAAAUUGAGUUUAUUGAUCAGGGUUUUAAUUCAGAUUGGGUUUGUUUUCUGGGUUUCAAAGGGAGGGCAAUCAAAAUUGAGGCUUUGUAUGAAGUGGGAGCUGAUUUGUGUUGUGAGAACCUGAGGAAGUGUUUUCAAUGGCUGCGGCAGAAUUGGUUGACAUCAAAUUCCGGCUUGCUGAUGGCACUGAUAUUGGACCGGAUAAGUAUGGUCCUAGUUCCACUGUGGGAUCUCUCAAAGAGCAGAUAAUUUCACAAUGGCCCAAAGAUAAAGAAAAUGGGCCUAAGACGAUCAAUGAUGUGAAGCUUAUUAACGCAGGAAAAAUACUUGAGAACACUAAAACACUUGCUGAAUCUGGACUUCCUGUUGCUGAAGAUCCGGGAUGUCUCGUCACUAUGCAUGUUCUUGUGCGCCCUUCUAUUGCCGGGAAAAAGAGUGAUAAGCUGCGGCACAAGGAUACCUCAAAAUCAGCGGGGUGUUCGUGUUCUAUAUUGUAAUAACUCGUAUGACAGAUAACCGGAUUUCAUCUUCCAAUGGCGAGGAUCGGAGUGUUUUUCCUCUGGUAAAGAAUAGCAGAGGAUGCAUUGAAGAGUAUGUAAAGCCUGCUGCUAGCAGAUUCAUUCUGCUGCAAAAAUGCAUAUAUACUUUGAAGGUCUAAUAUCAUCUACCUUGUCUCUCUGCAGAUGAUGAGGACCUUGCAUAAUACAAACAAUUGUCCAAGAAAUCAUAGUUUUAAAUCCUUUUUCUUGAAUUAACAUGAAAACUUAGCAAAUAAUGUUGUAUACUCAUAUAUUUACAGUGGAUUGCAUCGAUAGAAACUCGUGGGGUUGUUGAUUA